CUCUUCCGCGUGCAUCCCGGUCCCGGAGGCGUCCUAGCCUAGGUGGUCAGCGCAGACUUAAAGCUAACGGGCGCGCCUUUCCAACGGCCAUUCAGUCGGAAGAGGGGACACAGUGAAGGUGUGCUGCUGUGCUGUUCAUUCAUCCCUCUCAUCGGUUAAUAGAUAGAUAGCUACCCCCUGUUGCUGUUGUUCCCCCCCACGUUAAACGUUUAGUCAAUUAGACCAAUCAUGUACCGGUACUUCGGGGAGCUGUUAUCCCGCAGUGCGGGCAGUGCCCUGGCCUCGGGCUGCGUGGACUCUGCUCUCCCAGCAUCCGCCGCUCUGAUGCGGGUCCGACAGUAUAGUGAACAGCCCGACGACCCCAAYUUCUUYCGCAUGGUGGAGGGUUUCUUCGACCGCGGAGCCGCCAUCGUUCAGGACAAGCUUGUUGAGGACCUGAAGAGCAAGGAGACCCCCGAGCAGAAGAUGAAACGAGUGAAGGGGAUUCUCCGCAUCAUCAAGCCCUGCAACCACGUCCUCAGCGUCUCUUUCCCCAUCAAGAGGGACAACGGAGAGUGGGAGGUAGUGGAGGGCUACCGCGCCCAGCACAGCCAGCACAGGACGCCCUGCAAGGGGGGACAAUGAGUUGGAGAAGAUCACUAGAAGGUUCACCAUUGAGCUGGCCAAGAAAGGCUUUAUUGGCGUCCUACAUGAGCAUGCUGGGCCUGACCCCCGGCUUCCAGGACAAGACCUUCAUCAUCCAGGGCUUUGGUAACGUGGGUCUCCACUCCAUGCGCUACCUCCACAGGUACGGUGCUAAGUGUGUGGGCAUCGCUGAGUAUGACGGCAGCAUCUACAACCCAGAGGGCAUUGACCCCAAGCAGCUGGAGGACUACAAACUGGAACACGGUUCGAUCGUAGGUUUCCCCGGGGCUAAGCCGUACGAGGGCAGCCUUCUGGAAGCUCCGUGUCACAUCCUGAUCCCUGCCGCCAGCGAGAAGCAGCUCACACGAAACAACGCCCACAGGAUCAAGGCCAAGAUCAUUGCUGAGGGAGCCAACGGCCCCACCACCCCUGACGCUGACAAGAUCUUCCUGGAGAACAAUGUCAUGGUCAUCCCUGACAUGUACCUGAACGCAGGUGGUGUGACCGUGUCCUACUUUGAGUGGCUGAAAAACCUGAACCACGUCAGCUAUGGAAGACUCACCUUCAAAUACGAGAGAGAUUCCAACUAUCACCUCCUCAUGUCUGUUCAGGAGAGUUUGGAGAGGAAGUUUGGAAAGCAGGGAGGACCAAUCCCUGUUGUCCCCACCGCUGACUUCCAGGCCAGAGUCGCUGGAGCUUCUGAGAAGGACAUUGUCCACUCUGGGCUGGCCUACACCAUGGAGAGGUCUGCCAGG